UCAAUCGAACGGCUACCAUGUCCUGUCGGAUCAUCUUGUCUCUUUCUCAAUGCUUCUUCUUCUCCCGCUACCAUUGACACUCAUAUCAGAAGCCAGAGGAUUAUCAUCUCGGAGCCACACCCAUAUAAAUUAAUGCAAGCGAACGCGAAGAGGAUAUUCAAAGUUUCGAUUUUGACGUCGUGGGUAUUUAUAUCUCUCUUUCUCUCGUUCUAUUCAUAUUCAAAUGUCGGCGUUGGAGUAUCUCUAUCUCUCUCCCAUAACGUAUACCAAAGUUGUUCUCAAUUCUCAUAACUGGCGGAAGCCCUCACCGCCGUUCAGGCAAAAUACCUGUCGUUUUGUUCCCAAUUCGGCACCGGUUAGGGUUCAGGGCGUAUGGAGGGAUUCCGGGAGGUUCGAUUUGUGGAGGACGCGGAAGGUUCACGGUGGCGCAGUCAGGGCGAGUGGUGGGCAAGAGGGGGAUUCCGGCGAGAAGAGCGGGGAGGGUCAGGGGGUGGAUAAGGGUUCGACCGGGCCUGGUUCGAACCGAAGGAGGGAGAAGCAAGGGAAGGGGUGGUGGUGGUGGUUGGGUUCGAAGAGUGGGAAGUGGCGGUGGCAACCCAUUUUGCACGCUCAAGAGGUUGGAGUGUUGUUGUUGCAGUUGGGGAUUGUGGUUUUCGUGAUGCGGUUGCUCAAGCCAGGGAUUCACUUACCUGGCUCCGAACCGAGGGCUGCGACGUCGUUUGUGAGCGUGCCGUACAGCGAUUUUUUGAGCAAGAUUAAUGGUGAUCAGGUACAGAAGGUGGAGGUGGAUGGGGUCCAUAUCAUGUUCAAGUUGAAGUCUGACGUGGAAGGUUCUGAAGUUGCUGCUGCUACUCCUUUGGAGUCAGAGUCGUUGGUUAAGAGUGUUGCUCCUACGAAGAAGAUUGUUUACACUACCACUAGGCCUAAUGAUAUAAGGACCCCUUACGAGAAGAUGAUGGAAAAUGAGGUGGAGUUCGGGUCCCCGGAUAAGAGGUCUAAUGGAUUCCUCAACUCUGCUUUGGUAGCCGUGUUUUAUUGUGCUCUGCUUGCAGGGCUGCUCCAUCGAUUCCCUAUUAGUUUUUCUGCGCAUUCCCCUGGCCAGAUUAGGAAUCGUAAGUCAGGAACUUCUGCUGGCACAAAGUCAUCUGAACAAGGUGACACUAUCACAUUUGCUGAUGUUGCUGGUGUUGAUGAGGCUAAGGAGGAGCUAGAAGAGAUUGUGUUUAUGCUGAUGUUCGCUUGCCAGGAAUUUCUUCGCAAUCCUGACAGAUAUAUACGACUUGGAGCUCGUCCUCCCCGAGGUGUUCUCUUGGUGGGUCUUCCUGGGACAGGUAAGACUUUACUGGCGAAGGCGGUGGCAGGGGAAGCUGAUGUACCAUUUAUAAGUUGUUCUGCUAGUGAGUUUGUAGAGUUAUAUGUCGGUAUGGGUGCUUCCCGUGUGAGAGAUCUCUUUGCAAGGGCAAAGAAAGAGGCACCGUCCAUUAUAUUUAUUGAUGAGAUAGAUGCUGUGGCUAAAAGUCGCGAUGGUAAAUUUCGGAUCGUCAGCAAUGAUGAACGAGAACAAACCUUGAACCAGCUACUCACUGAGAUGGAUGGUUUUGACAGCAAUUCUGCAGUCAUUGUUCUUGGAGCAACUAAUCGUGCAGAUGUCUUAGACCCUGCACUCCGAAGGCCAGGAAGAUUUGAUCGAGUAGUUAUGGUGGAAACACCUGACAGGAUUGGAAGAGAGGCUAUCCUAAAAGUUCAUGUUUCCAAGAAAGAACUUCCUUUAGCUAAGGAUGUUGACCUUGGUGACAUUGCUUGUAUGACCACUGGUUUUACAGGAGCGGAUCUUGCAAACCUAGUAAAUGAGGCUGCUUUACUGGCGGGAAGACAAAACAAAAUUAUUGUGGAGAAAAUUGAUUUCAUUCAUGCUGUAGAAAGAUCAAUAGCAGGCAUAGAAAAGAAGACUGCUAAGUUGAAAGGAAGUGAGAAGGCUGUAGUUGCACGACAUGAAGCUGGCCAUGCUGUAGUAGGUACUGCAGUUGCAAGCCUUCUUCCUGGACAGCCACGUGUUGAGAAACUAAGCAUAUUACCUAGAUCAGGAGGGGCUUUGGGAUUCACUUACAUUCCUCCAACAAAUGAGGACAGAUACUUGCUUUUCAUUGACGAGUUGCGUGGCCGUCUAGUUACCUUACUCGGAGGACGUGCUGCAGAAGAAGUUGUUUAUUCGGGUAGAGUGUCAACCGGUGCACUUGAUGACAUCAGGCGAGCAACUGAUAUGGCAUACAAAGCUAUUGCUGAAUAUGGUCUUAAUCAGACAAUAGGUCCUGUGUCAAUUGCCACCCUUUCCAAUGGUGGAAUGGAUGAAUCUGGCGGAUCAGUUCCUUGGGGAAGAGAUCAGGGACACCUUGUUGAUCUUGUUCAAAGAGAAGUGAAAGCAUUGCUGCAGUCGGCGCUGGAAGUAUCACUUUCCAUUGUGCGAGCUAAUCCUACUGUUUUGGAGGGUCUAGGUGCUCAUUUAGAAGAAAAAGAGAAAGUAGAGGGUGAAGAGUUACAGAAGUGGUUAAGAUUGGUGGUUGCGCCGACAGAGCUUGCAAUGUUCAUAGAAGGCAAGCAAGGGUCUCUCCUCCCAAUGCAGACAGGUUCCUGAACAGUUGAGAGCUGUCUAUUAUGCGAGCAAAGUUGAGUGAAACUUAAGGUAUGUUUUUGACGUUGUUUGGCUAAAGCCAGUGCAGUUAUAUGUCUCAUACAGAAUGAGUUCACCCCUAUAACACUGUAUAUUCCUGUAAGGUGGAUCUUGGCAUCAUUUUUAACACAUAGCCAGCCUUGUUAUUUAACUCAUAAUUCACUCAUCCAAAGCCACACGGAAAAAGAAGAUGAAGAAAUACAUAAUAGUGCCUCUCACCAACUACAUAUAUUGACUGGUAAAUUGAAUUCGUUGUAUAUUGACUAUUAUUUCAGUCCUGAUGUGGCUGUUUGCAAAUGUAAUUUGGUAUAUAGUUUUUUAUAUUCUGUGAAAUAUACAUGGUUCUGCUUUCUGUUACACCCAACUAUUUUAUCCAAACUGUAAGUAUAACAUAACAUGGUUAGUUAUGAAGUUCAUUCUCAAAUUCCUAAA